UGGUUAUUCAUUCUAUAGCAAUUUAGGAACAUUUAUAAAUAAGUAGCAAGACCAUAAUGCUAUUAAAUUUUUUGUUGCUGGUAUUGGCAUACCCCGUAUGCACACAGAUAUGUAGUAGUAGUUAUGAAAUGAUAUUAGUUUCACGUUUUUUUUUCCUUUGAUUUCUGCCGAACAUCGGAAAUUUUGAAUGAGCUGAACGCUCUGUUUGGUUCAGUAACAUCUAUACCGGUUCAAGUUCUUCUUACCGGGUCAUGCUUUCUGAUAUCAGAUGAAUCAAUUUCUGACCUUCCUGAAUUGCUCAAAGACUUUCUUGGAAAGUGGAGGUUGAUGGAUGAUGAGGGUCAGCAGUAUGUUCUUGCUAAUGCGGAAAACUCAAAUGGGGCUUAUUUAAAAGGAUUUGAUGGCCGUUGUGUCCUGGAGAGUGCAAAGUACUUGGAGGUUGCGGAGAUCUCUGUAACACUUGUUGGGAAGGUUUUAAAUGAUACUGAUCAUGCAAUUGCUUGGGUGGAGCAAGCCGACUUGCCCGCAGGAAAUCGUCAAGAUCUUCUGAGGAGAUUAUGUUCUUUAUAUUCUCUAAAAGCUACCAAGUCAUCCCAAGAUGUGGAAACACCCAUGUACGAGACACACACUGAUUCUGGCCAAGAUACCAUAUCUGGAGUUGAACAAGCGUCAUCAGUAACAUCAAAAGUUUCCCCCUCACUUAAUGGCAGGGACAGUGUUAAUAAAGAAUCCAUUUUAAAACUAAGCAAACGAGUAGAACCUUGUUUCUGGUGGUUCCGUACUGUCACUCUGAAAUUUGGCGAUGCUCGGUUGGUCAUUUCUCAUGGAAAAAUUGUGCUCUGGGGUUCAUUUGUCUUAUUCAUAUUUUAUGUUCUUCGGAAGAAACAAGCUACUUUAAAAGGGUAAGGUUCUCUUUUUCAAGCCACUCCAUCUGCAUUUCCGUCACGGAAUUGAUGCUCCUAACUGAAGGGAUAUGUGUAUUCCUAAUAGGAACUAUUCGUAUUGGUCUUUCAUCAUUUCAGGAUUCGUUAGUAAACAAGCUUCAUCAGUGAAUAUUGAUUCAAUGUCUCGUCCGUUUUUCCAUUAGUUGGAAAGUGUGUCACAUUUUUACUAUGUACAUUCGAUUUAUUUUUUUACUAUGUACAUGACUUGCACCUGCAAGUGGAAGUUUGAUAAACCAUUGGCAUCAAAAGGAUUUCCAAAUGGGUUUAGUUUCCA